AUGGAUACAACUCGUGCCUAUCCGUUCCCGGGGGAACUUGAUCGAAGACAUUCUGAUACCUGUGUUCCACACCAAUCCAUGAACAUGUCGAUCACUUCUAAGCAGCCCCCCAACCCCGAUUUUUCUCACCCACACUUUGCUAUGAUCUAUAUCGACCACAAUGGAGAAUAUCGACUACAAACUUCUGCUUCAAUGGCCGGAUGUGGAGGAGCCAUCUUCACACCCGAUGUCACAGACCGAUUCCUUGAAAUGACCUGCCCAGGGACGCAGGCCGGUCCCGGCUUCACAACCGACCAAGCCAACCAAGCACCCUACGGAGUCUGGGACGUGCAGUCAUCUCCCAACUGGGUCCAAACCAGCCAGACAGGGCCAAUAGAGAAGAUCCCAUUUGAAUGGCAAACGCCAAACAGCCGAAGCAAAAAGCGUAGGCCCAACCCGGCUGGCAUUGUCAAGUCUCGUUCCAAGUCUCUUUCUCCACCGCCAUCAACGGCACCCCCACCUGCGCGAACCGUCCUUAGAGUGGGAAACCGUGCUCUACUACGACGAUACUAUGAGAAGGCAUUUGAAGAUUUCCAGCAACUCAACUGUCGCGCUAUCGCAAAGUCUUAUAUCAAACUUGUGGAACCGAGGAAGCAGGUUCACUUCCCGUACAAUGGACGCAGGGUCAUCGCCGGUGUCUCGCAGCGUGUGGACCCGGAGUAUACGAAACCGGGGUGGUGGCCAGCAGGUGUCUUGCACAAGGAGCCUGAUCAUUUACUCAAGAAUGACCGCCUGCGACUCCUGGUUCACAUCCUCUGUGAGCUGAAGGACAGCCACGGGGUCACUGCUGAGAAAUUGCGUGACGCUGGUCAGGAUGUCAGACGCCAGAUCACACCCGCCAACAAACUUCAGGUCCUUGAUGAGAUCUACUUCGUCCGACAAAUGGAAGAACAAUUCCUGGACGGCGAAAUCGAUGCCAGUACUCUGAUCCAGAUCACCCACACGCAUCUCCCUGAAGCAAUCUACCAUGACACCGAUGAAACCUCAUCGCGCACAAAACCCGCACCGGUGCCAUCAUCCGCAAUCAAACAAGACCAUGACAUGAACGAUGUAAAGGAUGAAAGCAUCCCCACCCUGGACGAGGACGAGUCCAAGCUCCAGUCUCACCCGCAUAUCUUGCCCUUGUCACCCACAACCAGUGAGUCAAGUGGCCCACACAGCCCAACAUCUGGCGGCUUUGGCUCGUUCCCGUUGGGUAUGCCUCCCCCAACGGUACAUGUCAUUCCUCCAGAGUCGCCAACUGUCCCAAAGCCAAUGCAUGACCCAUCCUAUAUGUCUGGUUACUACGGGCAGCCUUUCAUACCUGACAAGGGCCAGGGAUUCUGGCCACAUGCCAGUCCUGUGUCGCAGUAUGGAUACUAG